UUAUCUUCACCUUGCAUGGGACCUAUUGUGAUGUUCAAAUGAUAUAGUUGUAUGAUCUAGUUUUACAGUUUUACAACCAUAUUUUCUACCCUAAUAUACACUUAAUGCCAAUAUUAUUCAUUAUCCAACAGAUUCAUCAUCACCUGUAAGACUGUUAACGAGAACUGACGCUUAUCCAUUGAAUACAGCAAAAGAAAAUUUGAGUAAGGCAUCAUACAAAAUUAUCUUGAUUCCAUUUUUCCUCUUUAAAAAAAGCCACCACAAACAUUAAGUACCCUUGAUUAAGAAAAAAAAAGAUUAAUGAUGGAAUAACUCCCCUUUAUCGAAGCUGGGAAGUGAGUAUAUAAAUUCUACUAAAUAUUAUGCGGAUUCAAAGGGCUUAUGCAAUGUUUGUGACUGGGUCAAUCAUACAUAUGAAUAGUUUCCUCCUUUUAGAUGAACUAGUUGCGGGGAGUAACUCUUGCAGUGGAUAGGCGACCACUGAUAAAGGGAAACACAGCAACUUUGAAAUAUGCCAUUCUUGGACGUUGUGUGGUCUGUUGUGUAUUUCAGAUUUUCUAUAUAUGACUGUGCAUUGUUUUCCACAGAUAUAGACCGAAAUUUAGGAAUAAACACGAACCUGAAAGACAAAUUGGUGUCUGAAUUGGAAGGGAAACAUUCAUAAGGAAGUUGAUGACAGUGUUUCAAUGACAUAUUCACGAUAUAUGAUCAUUUCUAAUAUGUUUGGAAACACGGAAAUCAUCAAAUUGAACGCUACAUGGACUUUACACAUGCUUUCUAAAUGACAAAAUUAAACUAUCUCGCAUAUCAGUAUUCAUUUGUCACGUUCGCCUAUCACUACAUAACUAAUAGUAAGACACAGUCAGCAAUUCAGAAAAAAGUUUGAUAUUAAACCAAAAUUUAAACAAAGCAAUUCUAUUAGUAUCAUCUUAAAAGAGAAACACAACAUUCAUAAAGCACUCUUGAGGUUACAUAUGUUUAAAUUUAGAUUGUUGUUAAGUCGAAUCAUAUUCGGGAAAUAGUUUCUUUAGAAUGACUCUAAACAAGAACUUUAACAUUGAAAAUGGAGACAUGCAUCCAAUGAGUCGAAAAACAGGAAAGCGAAAUGGAAUUCUUUAAAGGUAUGGAUUGACGUCAUGUUCUAUACUCAGCUGUUUUGCGGUGUCAAAUAACAUCACUGGUAAACAAUCUUUCAAAAUUAUUAUUUGAGUAUGUACAUGAUGAUAUUUACAUUUCCUAAAUCAUAUAAAGAUCUGGGUAUAUCAGUGAAGAAAAAGAUUAACGAGGUUUUGUGUGUGUGUGUGCUUGAAGCAGCAGAUGAAAUAACAAGAUUCAUUUCUGUUACGAAAUAAAUACAGUUAUCAUAUUGAUGGUUAAUGUUGCGCCUAAGAUUUAAUGCUCGUAAUGCCAUACUGUAGACAACACUAUUGCUGUUGAAGUUUGACGUCACAGCAUUUAUAUCAGUUGGAUUGAGAGGUGGGUGCAUUUUUCCCGUAUCUAAAACAUUUAUGUAACUUCUAAUUUUGGGAAUGUUAUAUCCCGUCGUUUUUAUAAAUCAAUAGAAUUGAUGUGUAUACCAUAUUAUUUCAAAAUGUAAACAUACUCAUAGACUUAUAUCGUCAAUUGCUUAGUAUCAAUAGCUAUAAAUUUUAUUUUGUUUUUCUACAUCAGGAUUUAAAAUGUUUAUAUUUUACUAUUUCAAUAAUAUGUAACCUCGACAAAAGUCACAUUCCAUUGACCAAGGGGGAAGGCAUUGAAGAAUAAGCGCAAAUUCACCGGAAGGGCAAGGUUGCCGGGCGCGAACAAAAUGUGUCAAAGGGAUAAGAACACAGAGCCACCUCAAGAACCGGAUCCUGGGACAAACAGAGUAAGAGAUUGAUGAGAAUGUACAAGUCAUUCUUCCUCCACCUCCCCCAUUCCAAGAUAACCAAGACUGCAUCUGCUGGUGAGUCUACCGUUGACGAUGACAUUGGGACAGACACAUAUGAAAUGGCUACACAAACCACAUAUGGAUCGAUUAAACGCAGCAUGUCUCACUACAGACAGAUAUAAGAGUCGCUGUAACAUCUACGGUACUCAAACAGAAUCUGAGGCAGACUCUUUACCUGUCAAUCUGAAUGAAAGCAUGGACUCAAUUUCUAGCCUCAAGUCAACAGAGUCGGAGUGGAUCCCAGAAGAGGAGAUGGACAUAACAGAAAAUGAUGAAAACAAUAAUCCCCAUCAUAUAACCGUACUACCACAAAAUCACCAAAGCAGAAUAUUUGUUGUUUUUGAAGAGUGCCUUGAUCAGCUUUUGAACCAAUGUGUUGCAUGUGGACAGAAAUGUGUGACUAACAAUACUGUUGUUCGGAGUAUGCUGUCUGUGUCAACAAUAUGUGCUUGUGGUGAAAGUUUUACGUGGGAAUCUCAACCUCUCAUUGGAUCAAUGCCUGUCGGAAAACUUGUCCAGUCUGCUUCAAUUCUGAUAAGUGGGAACUGUAUAGUUCAAAGCUUGAUGAUGUUUAAUCAUGCGAACAUAGCGUGCUUUUCAGAAAGGAAAUUUCAUAAUUUCAACAACGUUACUUGGUGCCAGCCUUGGAGCAUAGUAUUCAAGAAAUUAGAGGCCAGUGGCAAGAAAUGCAAGAAAGUGGCUUACUGGGCUCGAUCAGUUUCCAAUCACCUAUACUGGUGUGCUGCUAGUAGCAAUGAAAAUGGGGAGUUGGUCAUGGAGAAAUGGUUUUCUGUACUGAACCAUGUUGCCAACAUUUAUGAGGGUCAUGGAAAGCCGUGUCUUUCCUGUUUACUUGAGGACAGAGACUGGAUUAAGCAAGUUGUCAAAGGCAGACCUUUGGUGAAGGAUAUUAAGCAGAUAUCUCCAGCUGAACAAAUUUCAGCACUUGAGGCCUACCAAAAGAUAGUGUGUCACUUUGCAUCCAAGUCCCUCCACUUCUUUUAUGCACCAAUGAAGGCCAGGUUGUACAUAGCAGCUUUGCACUUCAAUGAGAACUCUUGUCGUGAUCAGGCCAAAACCAGAAAUGGAGAACCCGUAUUUUCUGUGUCCUACCCAGAAGGAAGACAUGGAAGUGGUGUUCCUAAGGAAGUGAAAGUGAAACAAUCGUAUAGGGAGUAAACAUGUGACUGGAUUAUUUAUAAUACUAGUAAAUGACAUGUACAUGUAUUGAAUUGUUGUACAUGUGAUUGGAUUAUUUAUAAUACUAGUAAAUGACAUGUACAUGUAUUGAAUUGUUGUACAUGUGACUGGAUUAUUUAUAAUACUAGUAACUGACAUGUACAUGUAUUGAAUUGUUGUUCAUGUGACUGGAUUAUUUAUAAUACUAGUAAAUGACUUGUACAUGUAUUGAAUUAUUGUACAUGUGUCUGAAUUAUUUAUAAUACUAGUAACUGACAUGUACAUGUAUUGAAUUGUUGUACAUGUGUCUGAAUUAUUUAUAAUACUAGUAAAUGACAUGUACAUGUAUUGAAUUGUUGUACAUGUGUCUGAAUUAUUUAUAAUACUAGUAAAUGACAUGUAGAUGUAUUGAAUUGUUGUACAUGUGUCUGAAUUAUUUAUAAUACUAGUAAAUGACAUGUAGAUGUAUUGAAUUGUUGUACAUGUGUCUUAAUUAUUUAUAAUACUAGUAUAUGACAUGCACAUGUAUUGAAUUGUUGUGAUUUGUUAUUAUUUUGAAUUAUCAAAUGCAUAUAUGAUUGCGUAUUUCAGAUUAUGCCGUUGAAUUGAUGCAGGAAGCGAUCAAUGUGAAACUAGAAUUUGGUUCCCACAUAAACUCCAGGAAGUUUAUAGUGGAUAUGAUUGGUAAUUAUCCAGCUCCGCUUGCGAACUCUUAUAAACAUGUGUCAAAGUCUGAUCUCCUUACCAGCCAGGUCAGCCGGUUCAAUAAUAACUGAUGUUUUAGUGUUUUUGAAAUACAGUGUACAUGCAUGUCCAUACACAGUCUAUUUUUGAUGUCCAAGUAUUUUGUUUUAAUAUACAUGUUUGUAACUUUUAAUUUUGUUGUCACUAGCCACUCAAGUGACCUAUUGCAUUUGGUCUGUGUUUGUCGUUGUUCAUAAACAAUUAUACAUUUUUCACUUUCCUUGAUAACUAUCUUUCCAAUACUUUUCAAAUUCUGUAUGAAACAUAUUUUGAAUGUGUGGGACACUACAAAAACUGCCAAAAAUUUACUAAUUAUAAAAAUUCCUGUUCCCUACAACCUCACAAGUGUAACAUGUAAGGUGAAGAUAACGAACAGUGAUCAAUCUCAUAACUCCUACAAACAAUACAAAAUAGAUAGUUGGGCAAACACGGACCCCUGGACACACCAGAGGUGGGAUCAGGUCCCUAGGAGGAGUAAGCAUCCCCUGUUGACCGGUCACACCCGCCGUGAGCCCUAUAUCCUGAUCAGGUAAACGGAGUUAUCCGCAGUCAAAAUCAGUGUGCCAAGAACGGCUUAACAAUCGGUAUGUAACACGUCAGACAGCAUUUGACCCAAUGCGAGGUUGUAUUGACAAACUAGAUCGUUAUAACGACCAUAGAAUUUGCAAAAUGCUGACUUCAAUCGAGACUGUUGAAAUCCCUGUACCAUCAACUUGUUUGUCAGUAGCUUACCUCGAUUUGAACACUGACUAUAUCCAGAACAAGCUCUUGCAUACUGAAUCAGUUGAGAUAUAUAAAAACCAUAUGCAGGUGAUAAUGGAAUAUUGCUACACAAAUAUGGGAAUUUGACGAUGGAGAAGCUGAAAUAAUCCCGUUUGUCAUACAGUUGAGUUGUCAGUUUGCCGUUAAUGUCUACUUUCAAUAAAAUAUCUAAGUAUGAAGCAGAAGUGGACGACUCUGUGGUGUCCUUUAUUUCAAGCUCACAGGGUAUAUCAAAUCGACAUAUGAAUGAAAGCUAUCAUUGUUAAUAGACAAAACGUCAUCGAUAUAUCUAAAAGUCGAAUUGAAGGUCACAGCGAGAUAUUUUUUUCUUCUCACGUAUAGGUUUUUGAAUAAAUUCUGCUUCAUAUGAAUAUAAAAACAGGUCAGCUAACAAAGGGGUACAAUUCGUGUCCAUGGGAAUUUCAACAGACUGUUGGAAGACCUGAUCACCAAAUACCACGAAGAUAUUGUCAAUGAGGAACUCUAACAUAUUUUUUGUGUAAGAAUAACUGGAGGCAUAGCAGAAAAACCUCUGCCAAAAUUUUAAAUUUCAUUAUCCCUGAUUAGGUAAAUAUGAAAAUUAGAAAAAAAACUAUAUAUUUCAAAGCUCUUGGGGCUAGUAAUACUUUUAAUUUAAACGCAGGUGACUGUGGGCCCU